AAGAUACUCUCGAUAAGGGUGUAUGCAAGUUUCCAAGUCAUCCUUCAUAUGUUCAAAUAGGUCUUUGGGAUGCCAGUGGUGCCGAUGGAACUGCUCAAUGGUCUCAUGGUCCUAUAGACUGGAAAAAGCAACCUAAAAA